UUUUCUGAGUAUAUACCCAUCCCCAUGCCUUACAUGAAACAGUUCACGAAUGGCUACGAUGCCGGCAUCAAAACGCGUGAAACUUUCCACCACAAAAAGUGUUCAAAAAAAAACAAGUGACAAUUUACCCACACUAAAGGAUAUGCUGCAAAGCAACUUAUCCAAAACUGCAGCACAACAGGAAGACAUCAUCAAUUUGGUUACCGAAGACGAGGGUGGUCAAACUGAGAGAACUACAACUACCCAUCUACGGAACAAUAGUACAUACAGUACUCUAGAUGAGUUGCUGGACCACUUGGAUGGUAACAUCCAUCAUGUAUAUGCACCCCAAAGAGUAAUACCCACACCAAAGCUCAGUGACGCAUCGUUGGAGCACGGCCUAAAAACAAGCAGUGUCAAUAACAUGCUUCAUUAUCAACAUCAUGCAAGUGCUGCAGCAGCGCCUCCUGCUCCAAUAUUACCCUCAACAUCUACCAGUUAUCAAUUACAUAUCCCAGAGGCAACAGCGCAAAUACUGCAGCAUAUAAUCAUCCCACCACCCCCGCCACCGCCGAUAGAAGAAGAGAAACAACAAACGAGUACCACCACCACAGGUCUGCAUCCUCAACACGCACAGAAGGAUAUGAAAGUGUUGAGGGAACUAUAUGAAACAAUCUCCCAGCCGCCUUCAACAUCAGGAGUGCCACAACCUUCAGACGUCGCUCCCUCCUGGUUCGAGCCCUCUACGCCUCGAGAAUUAGGCAGGGCGUCGCUGGCCUGGUUGGAACAGAAGGCGCCGAUAUUUAGACAACGUUAUCUCGAGGCGCAAGAGAAAACCAGGAGGUUGGAGGAGGAAGUUGCGGCAGCACGCCUCAACGAACGACGUCUGGAGGAAGAAGUAGCAUAUAUUGAAAAAUUUGUUAAUUUUUUAAAAUAAAUGUGUAAAUAGGUAAUUAGCUUUUAGAAAAAUAAUGUAAUUUGCAGGUAUAGCUUUUAGAGAAAUAAAUGUAGUUGAACAGACGGUUAAUUUUUUAUUUAAAGGGAAUAAAACGAGCAACCUAUAAUGAUAUAAUUCGUUUGCCAACGAGAAUGGUAAAACGAGCAAUUUAAGUAUAAUUCGUUUGCGUUUUAAGUAUGAGCGUAAAUAGUUCGAUUUUAGCAGUGCAUAAAUACGUAGAUUUAUUAGUGAUCGCAUAGAAAAGAAGUUUGCAUAACGCUUACUCCCACGAUCUUGCUUAAGUAUAGGAGAAUGGCUAGCUGGGGGACACGGCGGGUCUGUAUGGAUGCAGUUAAUGC